AUGGCUUCACGAGCAAAGGGAAGGACGGUGAUGGAAGUUGGUUCCGAUGGCGUCGCCGUCAUAACACUCAUCAAUCCUCCCGUCAAUUCUCUAUCAUUCGACGUACUAGACAAUCUCAAAAGUAAUUACGAGGAGGCCUUGAGCAGGAAUGAUGUUAAAGCUAUUGUUAUUACGGGUGAAAAGGGCAAGUUCUCUGGUGGCUUUGAUAUAUCUGGUUUUGGGAAGGAGCCAAAGCCUGGAUACCUCUCAAUCGACCUCAUAUCUGGCUUGCUUGAAGCUGCAAAGAAACCGUCUGUAGCUGCCAUUGAUGGGCUUGCCUUGGGAGGAGGGUUAGAACUUGCUAUGGCUUGCCAUGCGAGGAUAUCGGCUCCUGCUGCACAGUUAGGUUUGCCCGAGCUGCAGCUUGGUGUUAUUCCCGGGUUUGGAGGAACGCAGCGUCUUCCACGUCUUGUUGGUCUCACAAAGGCCCUUGAAAUGAUUUUGACAUCAAAGCCGGUUAAAGCUGAGGAAGGUCAUUCAUUGGGUCUUAUUGAUGCUGUGGUGCCACCUGCCGAGUUACUAAACACUGCUCGUCGCUGGGCCCUUGACAUAGCCGAGAGGAAAAAACCAUGGGUUUCUAGUGUUUUAAAGACUGAUAAGUUACCUCCUCUUGGAGAGGCCAGGGAGAUAAUGAAGUUUGCCAGGGCACAGACACGCAAGCAAGCCCCCAAUUUGAAACACCCCUUAAUGUGCCUUGACGCUGUUGAAGUGGGUAUUGUCUCUGGUUCCAGGGCUGGUUUAGAAAAGGAGGCUGAAAUCGCUUCACAAGUGGUAAGCUUGGAUACCACGAAAAGCUUGAUCCAUGUCUUCUUUUCUCAGCGAGGAACUACUAAGGUUCCUGGAGUAACUGAUCGUGGGUUGGUGCCAAGGAAGAUUAAAAAGGUAGCAAUAAUUGGAGGCGGGUUGAUGGGAUCUGGAAUAGCCACUGCAUUGAUCCUCAGCAACUAUCCAGUAGUUCUCAAGGAGGUAAAUGACAAGUUCCUGGAGGCAGGAAUUGGCAGAGUCAAAGCUAAUCUUCAGAGUCGUGUAAGGAAAGGAAGCAUGUCUCAGGAAAAGUUUGAGAAAACCAUGUCUCUCCUUAAGGGUUCUCUUGACUACGAAAGCUUUAGGGAUGUGGACAUGGUCAUUGAGGCUGUUAUUGAGAAUAUAUCUUUGAAGCAACAAAUUUUUGCUGAUCUGGAGAAGUACUGUCCUCAGCAUUGUAUCCUUGCUAGCAACACAUCUACCAUUGAUCUGAACAAAAUUGGGGAGCGGACCAAGUCCCAGGAUCGGAUUGUUGGAGCACAUUUUUUCAGUCCAGCACAUGUCAUGCCACUACUUGAAAUAGUUCGGACCAAUCACACCUCUGCCCAAGUCAUUGUUGACCUCUUAGAUGUUGGAAAGAAGAUUAAGAAAACACCAGUCGUGGUGGGAAACUGCACAGGGUUUGCAGUGAAUAGGAUGUUCUUCCCAUACACACAGGCAGCUAUGUUCCUUGUUGAGCGUGGAACAGAUCCAUAUCUAAUCGAUAGGGCAAUCAGCAAGUUUGGAAUGCCAAUGGGUCCCUUCAGAUUGUGUGAUCUGGUUGGAUUUGGUGUGGCGAUUGCAACUGCAACGCAAUUCAUCGAGAAUUUUCCAGAGCGGACAAACAAAUCAAUGAUAAUCCCACUCAUGCAAGAGGACAAGAGAGCUGGUGAAGCCACUCGUAAAGGUUUCUAUUUGUAUGAUGAUAAGCGCAAGGCUAAACCUGAUCCUGAAUUAAAGAAAUAUAUUGAGAAGGCAAGGAGCAUAUCUGGAGUAAACGUUGACCCUAAGUUGUCGAAACUGUCGGAGAAAGAAAUUAUUGAAAUGACAUUUUUCCCAGUAGUGAACGAAGCGUGUAGAGUUUUUGCUGAAGGUAUUACUGUCAAAGCAGCAGACCUUGACAUUGCUGGCAUAAUGGGAAUGGGUUUUCCACCUUACAGAGGAGGAAUCAUGUUCUGGGCUGAUUCCAUGGGAUCGAAAUACAUUUACUCGAAGCUAGAUGAGUGGUCGAAGUCUUAUGGUGAUUUCUUCAAGCCUUGUGCCUUCUUAGCUGAAAGGGCAUCUAAAGGAGCUCCUCUGAGCUCUCCCGUGGAACAAGCUAGAUCGCGGUUGUAA